AUGCACCAAGACCGCCCUCGUUACAUUAUUGACAGGCCAGCAUAUGCCCAACCUGAUUUUGAUGAAGAAUUUGACAGAAAGAAGAGGGCUUUCCCUGUGGGUGAAAAAGUAAAGAAGGUUUUCAGGUGUUCCGGUGCACGACUGAAGCUCCUGCUCUAUAGACACCUGCCCGUGCUGAGCUGGCUUCCCAAAUACAACUUCAAACAGCACCUCCUCUUUGAUGUCAUCAGUGGGGUCAGUGCCGGCACCAUUCAGGUUCCACAAGGCAUGGCCUUUGCCCUGUUGGCCAACCUGCCCCCUGUCAACGGACUUUAUUCCUCUUUUUUCCCGCUCAUCCCAUACUUUUUCAUGGGCACUGCACAUCAAAUGGUACCUGGCACCUUUGCUGUGCUGAGUAUCAUGGUGGGCAUCGUGUGUUUGAGACUGGCACCUGAGUCAGACUUCAGUCAUUACAAUGCCACCCUGAAUAGCACUGUUGUGGAUGAGGAACUGAUGAACCAGGUCAGACUGGGCAUAUCAGGAACACUGGCAUGUCUGACUGCUAUUAUACAGGUGGGUCUAGGAUUGAUGCAGUUCGGUUUUGUCGCCAUCUACCUCUCCGAGUCAUUCGUCAGGGGUUUCAUGACGGCUGCAGGGCUACAGAUCCUCAUAUCAGUGCUGAAGUACAUCUUUGGCAUCAGUGUUCCACCUUACAGUGGACCUUUGGCUGUCAUUUACACACUCAGGGACAUCUUCUCUGGCUUGCCUCACACCAACGUGGCUUCUCUGAUUUUUGCACUGGUCAGCAGCGUGGCACUGAUUAUCGUCAAAGAGCUCAGUGCACGUUACCGCCACAAAAUUCCCUUUCCCAUUCCUAUGGAGAUCAUUAUCGUGGUGGUGGCCACUGCCAUCUCUGGGCCGCUGGAUCUGCCAGAGAAGUAUCACAUGGAUAUAGUGGGCAACAUCGCACUGGGAUUCCCCGCCCCCAUCCUACCCACUGUCACUCAAUGGGCAGACAUGCUGCCCACUGCUUUCUCAUUGGCCAUUGUCGGCUAUGUCAUCAAUCUGGCCAUGGGUAGGACUCUGGCCGCCAAACAUGGCUAUGAUGUGGACCCCAACCAGGAGAUGCUGGCCUUGGGCUGCAGUAACUUCCUGGGGUCCUUCUUUAAGAUUCACGUCAUUUGCUGUGCUCUGUCAGUAACACUUGCUGUUGACAGUGCAGGGGGCUCAUCACAGUUUGCAAGUCUGUGUGUGAUGUUGGUUGUCAUGGUGACCAUGCUGGCCCUGGGGGCGUAUCUUAAACCACUGCCAAAGUCUGUACUUGGGGCCCUCAUAGCAGUCAACCUGAAGAACACACUGCUGCAGCUCUCUGAUCCGUACUACCUGUGGAGGAAGAGCAAACUCGACUGUUGCGUUUGGGUUGUGUCUUUCUUGGCCACCUUCUUCCUCAGUCUGCCAUAUGGUGUUGCAAUUGGUGUUGGUUUCUCUUUCCUAGUGGUUGUUUUCAAAACUCAGUUCCGGAAUGGAUCAGAGGUGGCUCAGAUAAUGGACACAGACCUAUACAGGAAUCCUAAAAUCUACAGCAAGGUCAAAUUAGUGGAAGGGGUGAAAAUAGUGAGUUACUGCUCCCCUCUGUACUUUGCCAAUUCUGAGAUUUUUUGGCGAAAAGUCAUCAAAAAGACUGGUCUUGAUCCUGGUAAGCUCCUGCUGGCUCGUAAGAAGUUCCUGAAGAAGCAGGAGGAGAAGGAGAAGCAGGAGAAGCAGGAGCAGAAGGGGAAAGAGAACCAAGGCAAAAUUUCCGUCAGUAAAAGGAAACUGAGCUCUCUGGUCGGCAUGAGGCCUCAGACCAUUUCACAGCUCAAUCUACAGUCUGACUUUGACAGCCUCGGCGCUGGAAGCACAAGCACACCCACACCUACAAGCUACGUCAACUUCCACUUUGAAGAUGCAGAACAGAGUGAUCAGAAACCUAACCCUGAACCACCCAGUGACCCUCCGGUCACACUGGACAUGCAGCCCAUGCCGUUUCACACACUGAUACUGGACCUGGCUGGAGUCUGCUUCAUCGACCUGAUGGGUGUUAAAGUCCUCACCAAGAUGAACACCAGUUAUGAGAUGCUGGGAAUUAACCUGUACCUGGCCAAUGUUCAAGCCCAGGUGUUGGAGGAGUUGGAGGUGGGUGGAGUGUUUGACGAGGGCAGUAUACCGCGUGAUCACCUUUUUCUCUCUGUACAUGAUGCCAUCCUGUUUGCCCAGCAAAGGUCACAGAGGAGAGAGAGGAAAGAGCUGGCUUUCGAUAUAGAGGAAGAGGAAAAAGAUCUGGAGCAGGUAAACAUCCUCAACCACAUUCCGUUGUGUCUCGUGGCGUUUGAGGAGGAACUGACCCUGUUAUGUGUUCCCUCUGUCAGGAACUCUAGAUGCAUUCACAGCGACACACGUGUGGUGUGCUACGUGGACGCCUCCACUGACUGUGUACUCCAUGGAAAUGACCUUUGCACCCACGCCAUCCAUUCUUCUGCUUACAUCGAUGAUGACUACACCAUCAAACCAUCAGCAGAUGUCACGGCUGGCCAUCACCACCUGCAGAGACUGGCAGAGAGGAACCCCACCAUAAAGAUUUUACUGGGUGUGGAGGCCCAAAAGUCCAGGUAG